AUGCGCGGGGAGAGGAAAGCGCUGCUUCCCUUUGCCUCCUCCUCCUCCUCCUCCUCCUCCUCCUCCUCCUCCUCCUCCUCCUCCUAUCUCCUACUAACCAUCCCACUAUGUCUUACGGCCAUGGUUCUUGUUGCGUACACUGCCGGUCCUACAUCAGAGACGAUGCUGUACUCUCUUGGAAUGACCGGGCCUCGCUAUGAGCCUUGGGCAAUGCAUUCCCUUCCUCGGCCCUUUGACGAGCGGAGACCUCUCGGACUCGUUCAGUACAUGCCGGAUAACACGACAGAUUGGUAUCCGAAUCAAGAUGUUGGUGAGCUCAAGCUCGUCAACGGCAGGAUUGUGGGACAUGAGGAAGUUGAAAACGUUACGGCUAGCGAGUCGAAGAAUGAGACAGAAGCAGCAGCAGAAGGCGAGGAGACUGAGGCUGAAGAGGGUGAAGGGGCUGAGGAGAGUGAAGGAACAGAAGGGGAGGAGGAAUCAACUGAGGGAGCAGAAGGAGAAGGAGAAGGAGAGGAGCCAGCUGCGACGAAGAGUAGACAAACGAUGCUCAAGGUUGUGAAAGGGAAGGAGAAGAAAACAUACAAAGUAUUGGAUCCUGCGGAUUGGUUGAAAAACAAGGUUACAAGCACGGUGUCUGCCAUGAGAAAUUCUAUCAAGACAUCAAACAUGAACAAGAGGAGAAUCCCUGAUCCUAUCGAAUGGAUGGAAUCAAGAUACUUGAAGCAUGUCCAUGGCGGUAAAGUACUUGCUGGCCAUCCUUCCAGCCAAUCUUCACAGAUGCAAAGAAGACAGCGAGUUGUUGGAAGCCACAAGCUCCACACGUCGAAGCUUUCUCAGCUGAAAAGUUUGGCCUUGAAGGGGAAGUUCAAGAUGGCAAACAAGAAGUCUGAACUUCUAGCACUGCAACAUGCGAAGAUCCUGGGAUGCAAGGGAAUCCAUUACCGCGUUGAAGGACAUUCUCUUGCCGCUGCCCCUUGCGCAUCACAAGCCGAAGAGUUCAAGGUGCUCAGAACUCAAAGAUUCACUCGCCGUGGUGACCAAGGCACCACCGUCAAGGGUGCCCGAGAGGAUCUGGCUUCUCGAGUUCCCAUGUCGAAGCUGAAUCUCUUCGGCAACAAGGCGGACGAGGCUGAUGAUGAGCUGUUAGCAACUCAGAGAAAGGCUAGCGCAAGAACGCAAGGUCAACAGGCCCAGAGCCCUUCUCAUGUUUGGCAUACAUGGUAG